AACACCUUCCUUCGAUUUCCGAAUCGUGUUAGGACUGAUCUAUCUUUAGCAGUAUCUCUAUUAUUAAGGAUGGUGCGUUGGAAAGCAUCGAUUUUGUGUCUGUUCACCUUAGCAGCUGUGUUUCAUUUGUGGGGAAUUUUGAAAAUCUGUAUAGGGGAUAAAUUCGAUUCCAGUAAAGUUGAAAAUAAAGAACGAAUCAAUCGAAUGACAUCAAAUAAAAACCUGGGGGAAAACGUGCAGGAGAAAGACCAUAUUAUUUACAUCUUACUGACUACUUACUUUCGGUCUGGAAGUACUUUCCUUGGUGAAGUCCUCCAGCACCACUCUCGAGAUAUAUUUUAUCAUUACGAACCUCUUCAUCAUUUGACAUUAAGCACCAGAGUAACCCAAAAUCACUCAGUUGAUGCAGUUAACCAGCUAGAAAAUUUCCUUAGAUGCAACUUUACGAACGCGAAAUAUUUAAGCCACGUGCAAAAAAAGGGAAAUGAGUUUAUGUUCACAAAGAACUAUUUUUUGUGGGAAAAAUGUAAAACAUCAGAAAAACUAUGUUAUGAACCUACUUUUAUGUCAGUUGUAUGUCAAGAGGCUAAGAUACACGUGAUGAAGACUGUUCGGCUGCCAAUGCGUUAUGUCCAAGCUUUAUUGGAACAAACCUCGGAUUUGGAUAUCCGUGUGGUGUAUCUUGUGCGCGAUCCUCGUGGAAUCUUCAAUUCGCGUCGAAAGCUUGCUUGGUGUAAAGCAACAAACUGUUCCAGUGUUUCUGUCUUGUGUCAAGAAAUAGAAGAAGACGUCCAACAUUUUUAUCGCUUGCAAAACAUAUUUCCUGGGAAACUAAGUAUUGUUCGUUUUGAAGACCUUUCGUAUAAUCCACUCAAAGAGACAAGAGCGUUAUUUAACAAUUUGAAACUUCAAUUUUCGGAAUAUGCUAAGCAGUACUUGACAAACCACACAUCUGUAAAAAAUGCUGAAAAACAACCAUUUACGACGUAUAGAAAUUCCAGUGAAAUCCCAUUACAAUGGAAACAACAAUUACCGGUUUCAAAACAGAAGAAAGCCCAGAAAAGUUGCAACAAAGUUAUACUUGCACUUCACUAUAACUAGAUGUGCAUUGAAAAGUGUCAUGAAUUUUCACACGUUUUACAUUUAUACUUCAAAAACACUUAAUUUUUUACCCAUUUUUAUUUUAGAGAGUGAGAGAGAUCUUCAAACUUUUGCACAAUUGCACUUUACAUAAUACAGGGUUUCAUUAGCGUUCCUGGUCUUCUGGUUGGAACGUCAAAAUGUAAUCACUUCUAACACUGAACAGUUAUAUUAUUAAGUGUUAAUUUUAACGCUCAGUGCUUAGCACAAUUUUAUCUUCUACAAAUAAUAAUAAUUUUCUGCACACUUGUA